AAAACAAGUGCCCCAAACAGAUGUGAAAAAGAACCGAAAGCAAAAUGUUUGGCGCUCAAAAAAAGAAAGAGGAUGAGGACGAAUAUAGCUUUCAUGUUUCGCGGUACCGACCAGAAGAAUUGCAAAAGUUAGCCUCAAGGACUAAAUUUACUAGAAAAGAAAUUCAGCUCAUGUAUAGGGGAUUUAAGCAGGAAUGUCCAACUGGUAUGGUCGAUGAAGAAGCUUUUAAACACAUAUUUUCUCAAUUCUUUCCACAAGGAGAUGCUACAAACUAUGCCCAUUAUGUAUUCAACACUAUUAAACAAAAACAAACUGGAAAAAUUAGUUUUGAGGAUUUUCUUGGAAUAUUAUCAAAAGUUUCACGAGGUAGUGUUCAGGAAAAGAUGCAGUGGAUAUUUGGCCUUUAUGAUCUUAACGGUGACGGUCUCAUCUCGAAAGCGGAAAUGAUAGACGUCGUUUCUAGUAUUUAUGAAAUGUUAGGAAGGGCUACAAAUCCACUUGUGGACGAUAGCACAGCGAAGGACCACGUCGAAAAAAUAUUUCACCAAAUUGAUACAAAUAAAGACGGCGUCGUCACAAUAGAAGAAUUAAUGGAAUGGUGUUCAAGGGAUGAACACUUCCUUAAAUCUUUAGACACUUUAGAUACAAUAUUGUGAUCUAGUGUUACGCUGAACGAUUUUAUAUGUAUAGUUUUAGAUAUUGAAAAUGUCCAGUCCUUUAUUUAUAAUAAAGAACUGUUUGAAAAAUACGUAACAAGAAGUAGUUGCCGUAUUUGGUGACCUGUUCAACAAUUUCAUCUCGGCGAAUGAUGCAUUUACUACAAAAUAUUUCGGCAUUUUCAUUUUAAUUUCAUUUGUUUAGUGGCUGAUUUCAACUUGUGCCAAUUUAAUAAAACGAUAUUGUAAAACAUUCUCAAACAAUUGUAAUGGAAAAUGUAGGGCAAAGACUGAAUAUGAAUGAGAUUAGCAUAUUCAACGAUUUUAAUAAAGUCUAAUAAUAGCUUGCAACAAGAAUUUAACUUAUAUAUUGUUAUUAAAAAUUGUUGUCUGACCUUCUAUAUAUCGCAUAGAGGUGUUCUUUCAAAGUACCUUUUCUAAAUAUGAAAUAGAAAGAUAAUCUACAUUCUUCAAACUGAUACGCGUAAUGUUUAUUAGGAAUUAUUUAUUUAAUACACAAGUAAUGCAGUAAAGUAUAGCAAAACUAGUACUAAUUACGUGUUUAUUCAAUAAAUUCGUUAGAUUCAGUGGAUUCCAAGAUUAUAAGUGGUAAAAAUACGAUCAUGUAAUUUUUAUUCAAACAGUAGUUAGAUUCAUUUCCGUGAAACUAUUGC